AUGCAGCUGGUGGUGCCGCUGCUUCCGCUGCUGGUCAGCCAGGGCGGCUCAGCAACCGCUCGCUACCUGGCAUCGUGGUCCGGAUGCACUGGUGCGAUCAUGGAACGGUUUGCCACCGAUCGCACCGGCGCGCCCAACACCGACGGCGGUUGGCAGCUGAACGCGUUCGGGAUGGACUCGCGCAAUCCUUCCUACUUUCAGCGUGAUCUGUUCGAUCGGCUGCUGCCCCGCUUGAGGCCAGUGCCGGUGAGCGUCAACCUAGCGCCGUACGAGUCAACGGUCGAUUACAACCCGCGCCAGCAGCUGGUGCUGAUCGUGAUCGAUAAGCAAUCGCUGGCCGCGUUCACCCGCACCCACCUGCCCCGGCUCGUGGCCAAGAAUGUCGAGUUUCGGGGUUACUUUCUGUUACUGUUACUGCAUCGGGAUGCGACAACGAACGACGAUGACGUGGUGAAGGCGCUUGAGCGGCUCUGGUGGUAUCGCAUCUACAACGUGGUGCUCCUGGUCGUUGCUCCUGGUGAUACUACCGGGUAUCGGCACCGGCACCGGAUCCACCUGAUCGCCUACCGACCGUACGGUCCCGGGGGGUGCUGCGAGUGCAUCCGGCCACUCCGGAUCGGUCAGUGUGUGGAUGGGCGAUUGCAACAGCCGCACGGUGCCGGUGCCUUCCCGUACGCUCGGUUCGAGCGCAACUUCUACGGCUGCCAGCUGCGUAUCGCUAGCUUCGAGCGUAUCCCGUUCAUGCAGUUCGGUCGGGCGUCCGGUAUCGAGCUGGGCGGUAUCGAGGGCCGCCUGCUGCAGCUGCUGGCCGGGAAGCUUAACUUUAGCGCAACGAUCGUACAACCACCGGACGAUGGGCAGGUGUGGGGCCGAAUCUACCCGAACGGCACCGCGGACGGUGCACUGCGGCUGGUGGUGGACGGGACCGCUCACCUGGCACUCGGUGGUUACUUCCCCUAUCCGGCGCUGCUCGCCACGACGACCCAAUCGUACAGCUACUACAUCAGCGACUUUGUGCUGGCCGUCCCGGAAGCGCUCGCGACCGCGACCAGCCCGUUCGAGCAGCUGCUUAAACCAUUCCGCUGGCCAAUCUGGACGCUGAUCGGUACCGAGCUAACCAUCGGGCUCGGGCUCUGGCCGUGGCCGCUUACGCUGUGGCGAGCACUGCUCGGUGAUUCGCUACCCCGUUCCUCGUUGUGCCCGGUCGCUGGGGGCCGGGUACGGGCACUGUUUGCCCUCUGGCUGCUGCACGCGACGGUACUGCGCGAGAGCUAUAAGGGUUCGCUGGUCGGCUACCUGACCGCGGCUGCGCCGCUCGCCGACAUCAGCAGCCUGCGGGUGCUGGUGGACGCCGGUUACCGGCUCGCGAUGACCGAGGAGCUGCUGCAUCAGGUGUUCGAGGGUCGGGCACCGCCCCGGUUGCUACUGUUCGAACCGGGUGCCGGACCGGCCCUGCUCGAGCGCAUCCUGCGCGACCGGGAGCGCACCGCGGUGGUCUACACGCGCGAAGAGAUCAUCGCGAUCAACCAGCGCGAUCGGGCGACCAUCAACUUUCGGCUGUCGGACGAGAAGCUGCUGUCGUUCCACUUCAGCAUGUACUUCAAGCGGUCGAGCCCGCUGACCGGUGCCUUCAAUUGGUACAUUAGGCGCGUCCUUGCCGCCGGUUUCGUGUCGCGCUGGCACGCCGACAUGCUCGACCGCCGUUUCCUGCGUCCCACGCUCACCGACGGCGGUCAGGCGGUGGAGGUGGUGGUACUAACGCUCGACCAUCUUGCCAGUGCCUACCUGCUACUGGCGGCCGGUCUGUUGGCUGCCACCGUUGCCUUUACCCUCGAGCGGCGGCGGGUGCACCCUGGGCACUGA